UCAAAUUCCUCACAACAAAACCCAAGUGUUCUCACAAUCACCAAACCUCACAUUUUCUCUACUUCCACUUCCAUACUAGUUCUAAACCUCCAUUUCCUACUUGAGCAAUCUCAGAAACCUUUUAGCAAUUCAAAAAAACAAUCUAGUACUCAUCUCCAGUUUAUAGGCAAAUACUAGAAUUCUUAGCAUAUUUUAAGUUACUAAAAAUGGAUAAGGUGACAAGGAUGGCGUCCGAAAGGCCAGUGGUGAUCUUCAGCAAGAGUUUUUGUGGUCUGAGCCACACCAUUAAGACUUUCUUCUCUGAGUUUGGUGUCAACUCAGCCGUACACGAGCUCGAUGAAAUAGCAAUGGGUAAGGAAAUCGAGCAAGCUCUUUCAAGGCUUGGUUCCAAUCCUACCGUGCCUGCAGUGUUCAUUGGUGGUGAAUUUGUGGGUGGUUACAAUGAGAUUACUACUCUUCACCUUAGGCAAGAGUUAAUUCCAAUGCUUCGACGUGCAAGGGCUAUAUGGGUUUGAUGUUAUGCCAUGCAUAUCUGGCUUAAUAAACAUGGGAUCAUUUGUUUAGAUCUACUUGUUUCCAAGUCUCUUUGCGUUGUUUAGUAGAGAGGGUAUUUGAGACAACAAUGCUAAGUAUCAUAAAAAAACCUUUCAUGAAAAUAAUCAUGAAAACUUUGUGACUCUUGAAUUACACUUAGAAUAAAGCACCACACACUAAUCAAAGUAAUCCAAGAAUCAUAAAUCUUUCAUUAUCAUUUUAUGAAAAAAAAUUCAUAAUCCCUAACUUUUCUUUACUUGAGAUAGAAAAAAAUAAGAAUAAAAAAUUCAAUCUUGUGUUUUGGUUAUAUAUAAUAGUGACAUUGAGUGUCGAGUAUAGAAUCAUAGAGAGAGCUUACUGAAGUUUUAAUGACACUAGAAAUAACUAUGUACUUCAGGAUUUUAUGUUUGAUUAUGUAAUAUCAUCGAGUUUUUGCUAAUAAAGAUAGUAAUGUUGAGAUUAUAA